AGAUGUGCGGCUCUCUGACGCUUCAGUGCGCUGCGGGAUUCGGAGGAGUGCGGAGCUUCGAACGGGUACCAACAACUAUAAACUGCAGCAUAAGCGGAGACGGGCUGACUCCCGUCCACGCCACCUCCUCUUAGCGCGUCCAGCGGGUCGUGACUCGCGCGCCCGUGAGACCCCGAGCGUCGGCAUUUGCCUCGGUCGCGGUCUUUGGAUCACCUGGGCAGCGUGAGCCGCCGAGCUGAUGGAGAGACGCGGGUCUGGUGCCAGCCUGGAGCGCAGAUGAGCGCGGAGCGUGACGGAGCGCGGCGCAGACUCUGCAGGCUGGGAGAGGUCCGCUCUCCCGCACCACCCGCGUGAGUCCACAAAAAGGACAACGGCACCUCCGUGGAUUUUUUAUUUCCGUUUGUUCGCCGGAGACGCACGGGGGGAUGUGACCACUUUCCACAUGCGUUUGCGAGUGGCACGAGCUGGUGUCCAGAUUGAGAAGAGCGAAAACUGCAGGGGCGUGUAGUUAAUUGAAAUCGAUCCAGAGGUCUCUCUUUUUUUUAAUGUGAAUCAGCAGCGGCAGAGGUUUUCAUCUCCUCUCCUCUCCUUCUUUCCUUUCCUCCUCUCCUUUCCUCCUCUCCUAUCCAACAUGACUUCACUAUCGGGGACCAAGGAGAGGUCUGUGAGCAGCCGGAGCAGGAAACAUGGGAUGCCUGACACGUCGCCCACCAAGUCCGCCUCCUUCUUCCCCGACGCCUGGUACCAGAGCAGCCGAUCCGGGACACGUCCCGCUCCAGAGGGUGCCGGCUCCAUGCCGAGCUCCACGGGCACCCCGUCCCCCGGCUCGGGCAUCUCCUCGCCCGGCUCCUUCUCCGGCUCGCCGGGCACCAUCUCUCCGGGCAUUGGAACGGGCUCGCCCGGCUCUCUGGGCGGCUCCCCGGGGUUCGGCACUGGGUCGCCCGCCUCGGGCAGCGGAAGCUCACCCGGGAGCGAAAGGGGGAUUUGGUGCGAGAACUGCAACGCUAGGCUCGCGGAGCUGAAGAGACAAGCGCUGAAACUUCUGAUCCCUGGACCUUACUCCAGCAAGGAUCCCUCCUUCUCUCUCCUCCUCCAUGACAAGCUCCAGGUGCCCAACAGUUCCCGCAGGGCGUGGAACGAGCGCGACAGCCGCUGCGACGUGUGCGCCACGCACCUCACGCAGCUCAAACAGGAAGCCGUGCGCCUGGUCCUCACUCUGGACCAGUGGGACCUGUCUCCCCCGUCCUCCCCUCCCUCCCUGACGGGACGAUACCCCUCUCAAGGUCCUCCGGGUCUAAUGGCAGCAUCCGGGGCGCACGGGUGCCCAGGAUCCCGCGACUGGCCUCCCGCCUUCCCCCCUUCAGCCUCCCCCUCCGCGGCCUCCGCCUCCUCACAUCCUCCCCCCCAGUCAUCCCAGUCCCCCUCCCCGAGCCCCAGUCAGACCCCGACACCCAGCCCCAGCAACGGACCCGCCGUCCCCAGUCCGUCCGGCAGCGCCCCCGCAAACCCACAGGCUCAAGGCCACAGGCUGGGGUCCAAGCCCAGCUCCCUCGGGCUGGGGGGUGGGACCGACCGGAGGAAUGGGUCCCCGGGUUCAGGAAAAGCGGCUGGUGUCCAACAGCAACCCAUGACCGGAGUCAACAGCCCGGGCAGCAAUAACGGUGGCGGAGCAGUACUGAGCGCAGCCGCCCUGCAGACCCAUCAGCACACCAACAGAACCAAUGGAGGCGUCACACUGUACCCCUACCAGAUUUCCCAGAUGAUCUCUGAAGCCUCCAGGGACGGACUGACUGAAGCCGCCCUCAACCGCUACAACACACACUCCCCUUCACACAGCAGCUCCCCCUCUCACACCCCAGCUGCCACCGCCACCUCUGCCGCCGCGUCCUUCUUUGCCAGAGCUGCACAAAAGCUGAACUUAGCCUCCAAGAAGAAGAAGCAGAAGACGGCCACAGUCGCAGCCCCAGCGUCGUCUUCAUCGCUGUCAUGCGACCCCCCUCUGUUCCCCACUAACUUUAGCUCCGCCCUGCUGAUGGCUCCUCCCCCAGCCCCGCCCUGCCUUCUUCGAGCAGCCAAUAAGAUCAAAGAUACUCCUGGCCUUGGAAAGGUGAAAGUGAUGGUGCGCGUCUGCCCAGCGUCUCAGCUGGAUCCAGCUGAGUCCAGCUCCUUCCUCAAGGUGGAUCCCAGGAAGAAGCAGAUCACCAUCAUGGACCCCUCGGCCAAUCAGACAAGCACUGCCUCCCAGAAGAGGGCCGGCUCCAACCAGGCGCCUCCCAAGAUGUUCACGUUUGAUGCCGCGUUCCCUCCGGACGCCUCACAGGCGGAGGUGUGCGCCGGAACGGUUGCCGAGGUGAUUCAGUCAGUGGUGAAUGGAGCAGAUGGCUGUGUCUUCUGCUUUGGACACUCCAAGCUGGGCAAAUCGCACACCAUGAUUGGCCGUGACGACUCCCUGCAGACGCUGGGCAUCAUCCCUUGUGCCAUCUCUUGGCUGUUCAAGCUCAUCAACGAGAGGAAAGAGAAAACAGGAGCGCGCUUCUCCGUCCGCGUCUCUGCAGUCGAGGUUUGGGGGAAGGAGGAGAACCUGAAGGACCUGCUGUCAGACGUGGCCACAGGCAGUUUACAGGACGGACAGUCACCUGGAGUGUAUCUGUGUGAGGACCCCAUCUGUGGCAUGCAGCUCCAGAACCAGUCUGAACUUCGUGCUCCGACGCCGGAGAAGGCGGCAUGGUUUCUGGACGCAGCCAUAGCGGCUCGGCACAGCAGCCAGCGCCUGAACACCACCGAAGAAGAGCACAGGAACUCCCACAUGCUGUUCACGCUACACAUAUAUCAGUAUCGCAUGGAGAAGACGGGCAAAGGAGGAAUGUCAGGAGGUCGCAGUCGCCUCCACCUGCUGGACCUGGGGAGCUGUGACGUCAAAGUACUAGGAGGAGGAGGAGGAGGAGGAGGAGGGAAAAGCAAGGAGAACUCCUCACCCAGCUCGGCCCCUCUGUGCCUCUCUCUGUCCGCCCUCGGGAACGUGAUCCUGGCGUUGGUCAAUGGGAGCAAACACAUCCCAUACAAGGACAGCAAGCUGACCAUGUUGCUAAGGGAGUCGCUAGGCAACAUGAACUGCCGGACCACCAUGAUUGCUCACAUCUCUGCCUCACCCAGAGAUUUCUCAGAAACCCUUUCCACCAUCCAGAUCGCUUCCCGCGUCCUUCGCAUGAAAAAGAAGAAAACUAAAGUCCCGGUGCAAUACACCUCCAGCUCCUCCGGAGGCGAGAGCUCCUGCGAGGAGGGUCGCAUGCGUCGCCCCACCCACCUGCGUCCCUUCCAUCACCGCGGCGACAGCGACUCGGGCCUCCCGCUGCUGCGCCUGUCCAGCGACCCCGACGAGUACUCGAGCAGCGAGCAGUCAUGCGACACGGUCAUCUACGUGGGCCCGAACGGAGCCGCGGUGUCGGACAGAGAGCUGACGGACAACGAGGGGCCCCCGGAAUUCGUGCCAAUCAUUCCGGCUUUGCUUCGAGGAAAAACGUGCGAUCAGAGUCAGGGAGCAGGAGCCCAGAAGCUGCAGUGUCAGCCAGAGGAGCAGCCCAGCGGGCCCGCUCAGCCCCAGGCCUCGCAGUCGCUGCUCGGGCAGCCGCUGGCCCCCGUCCCAGAGGAAGGAGCCGAGUGUCUGAAGUGCAACACGUUCGCUGAGCUGCAGGAGAGACUGGACUGCAUCGACGGCAGCGAGGAGGUGGCAAAGUUCCCGUUCGAAGAGGUUUCGAGCAAACAAGCUGCCAAACCAGAGUCAUGCCCCUCGUCAUCGGCCCCAAAUGCAGCUCCCGUUGCUGUGAUGGAUGCAGAACCAGUGUUCUUGCCCACAUCUCCAGGCUCUGCGUGCGCUGCCGGAGGUGCGGUGCAGCCCCCCCUCACCUCGGCAGCAGCGGCGGCCAGGAGGAGAACCAAUGACCAGCAGCUGCAGGAGAUCAAGGAGGUGGUGGAGGAGGCGGAGCUGGCCCAGACGAUGAUCCACAGUUUGGCCCAAGGUUCUGGCUCCCCCAUAGUCACCGGCACCAGGACGGUCACCGGAAGCAGCAGCAUCAGUUCCAACGCCCUGCACAGAGCCAAGAUCUCCAGCCUGCACGACAGCCACGAGAACCUGAACGUGGGCGUCGUCUGUGAGGGGAAGGGACGCCCGCUGGGGUCGCCGCGCCUCGGCAUCGCCAGCCUGACCAAAACCUCCGACUACAGGCCUCCGUCCUCUCCAUCCCAGCGCUGCAAAGUUUACACCCAGAAGGGCGUGAUGCCGGCGACGCCGCCGCCGUCCUCCCACACGCUGGCUCAGGACGGCCAGGCCGGGGACGCGCUCACCUCAGACAACAGUCUGGCUGCAGACAGCGGCCGCUCGUCCACGGAGUCUCCGCUGUCCAGGACCUCUCCCGUGGGCAUGAGCCCGCAAGUAGCAGAGCCCCCCCCCUCCCUGUCCGCCAGCCUGGGCUCGGCUGAGACGCUGUGCGACGAUGACGUCCCGCCGAUACCCAUGGAUACGCACAAGGAGGCCUCGGGACUGGCGGCGUGUGCGGGACCGGGCGGAGGCCUCCGCGCGGGGGAGGAUGAGCUGGGCUGCGCCGGCGCUGACGACGCAGAGGCAGAUCUGGGUCCGAGCUGCCGCCCGAUGAGCAUCGUCAGCUUCAGCAGCGACUGCGGCUCCGUCGGCGCUCCGUCGUCGGGCUCUCAACCCGUUCACAUCCUUGGUGCUGACGAGGAGGCGCUCCCUGUGGAGCGCUAUCACGCGCCUGCGGGUCUGGCAACGAGCUCGGGGGUCACGGAGGUCGUCGCCAUGGCGGAGGUUGCAAUGUCCAGGCUGCGCAUGGAAGGCGAGGCCUUAGCCACAGUGAUGUCUAACUGCGGCUCCCCCAUGUCCUCCUGGAUGAGUGACCUGAGCAUGGGCAGCGAGGCCGACCAGUCCCUGCACAGCUUCAGUCAGUCUCAGAGCCAGCAGGGCGAGGCCCUGGCCGAACCCGAGCCCAACACAAACCCGGGCAUCGGCGGCACGAGGAGAGGGAGUCUGGACGGAGAGGUUGUGCUGUCAGACAACGGGAGCGAGAAAGGAACUCCCACCAAGGACAAGCUGAGAAAGCUGCCGCCCUCCAUGGCUAAAACCAACAUCCAGCUCCUGGCCGGACCCGGGAGCCUCGCUCCUUUCAAGAGCUGCAUCAGCGUUCACCCGUGUGUGGCUGUGAAGCCCAUGGUGCUGCAGGAACCGACCAUCCUCUCCUCGCCGACAAAGUCCAGCUUCACCAAAGACUCGGGCAAGUUCAGCGCGGCGCUUUUAGCGUCUCUUUCCACCGAGAUGAGUUUCGAAGACCCCUGGUUGAAGCGCAAAGUGGACGAUGGGAGGAGCGUUUGUGAAGUGAAGCCAGAGAGGAGGGAGGCGGCGUAUUUAAAGGCCAACGCUGGGAGCGGAGACCUCCGGAGCUUCAAGGAUGGCGCUGAUCGCGGCGGUGAGGCGGUGUCGUCCCCAGACUCCUCCAAGAGAGUGGUGGACGGCUGCGAGAUGGUCCUGCUCGUCGCCCAGGGAGACUUCCUGACCAGCAGCUACAACCCAGACGUCCACCGGACCGCCAGCCUGCCGCGCGGCUGGCACCGCCUGAACCGCCACGACGGCCUGGACCACGGCCCGGAGUCGGGCGGCCCCGGCGUCACCACGUCCACGCCCUGCAGCCCUCGGGCCACGCUGGACCGCCGCGGCUCCAACGGGAGGCAGGGCUUCUUCUCCCACAAGAAGGGCGGGGUCCCACCUCUGCCGCCGGUACGGAAGUCCAGCCUGGACCAGCGCAACCGGGCCGCCAGCCCGCUCCACCCGCCGAGCCUCGGGCCCUCGGCGCCGGGCGACGACGCCGGCGGCACCAGGCAGCGGGGCUCCAGCAUCGACAGCAGCAGGCUUUUCAGCGCCAAGUUGGAGCAGCUCGCCAACAGAACUAACUCGCUGGGUCGGGCCCCCGGCGCCCACGCGGGCUCCCACCACUAUGACUGCUUCUCCCUGGAGAGAGGCGGGAGCCUGAGAGGGGGAGGAGCGGGCCCGAGGGGGGACACCAUGCCCCGCACCGGACGCAGCCUCACGCGCGCCGGCUCCGUGUCUUCCAGCGCAAACGCAAGCGCCUUUAGCACCGGCUCGGGUCCAAGCAGCGCUCCGCAGUCUCCGGCCAAAACCGCCGGCGGGUCGAAGAUCUCAGCUGUCAGUAAGCUGCUGAUGACCAGCAGCCCUAAGGCACGGAGCCUGUCGGCCUCCAGCACCAAGACCCUCAGCUUCUCCACCAAGUCGCUGAGCCAAGCUAGCAGCCGCAGCUCCAGCCUUCCUCCCAACGGAAAGCCACAGAGCUCAGCUCAGGGCCCGGUGCAGCAGCAGCAGCAGCAGCAGCAGCAGCAGGGACCCUCCCCCGCGUCCUGGUCCACUCAGUCUCUGAGCCGCACCCGGGGAGGGAGCCUGACUGCCAAGCUGCCCCUCCGGGCCGUCAACGGCCGGAUAUCGGAGCUCCUGCAGGGCAGCGCAGGCUCCCGCUCCAGGAAUCAGGCCCAGAGCGGGGGAACGGAUGCCGGGAAUGAGAAAGGAGCCGCAGGGGCGAGCGGCUGGGGAAGUGGAGCCGCGGGCAGCGGAGGCGGCGUCCAGGCGGAGGAGAAGGCCGACGCGGUCCAAACGCUGCCGUCGCCAUACAGCAAGAUCACCGCUCCCCGAAAACCGCACCGCUGCAGCAGCGGCCACGCCAGCGACAACAGCAGCGUGCUGAGCGGGGAGCUGCCCCCGGCCAUGGGCAAGACGGCCCUGUUCUACCACAGCGGCGGCAGCAGCGGCUACGAGAGCAUGCUGAGGGACAGCAGCGAGAACACGGGCAGCGCGUCCUCGGCGCAGGACUCGCUCAGCGAACACAGCUCGGCCACCGCCUCCUCCAGACGCAGCUCCAAGGGCGGCAAGAAGAGCAGGAGCAACACAGGCCUCCAGCGGCGGCGUCUCAUCCCUGCGCUGACCUUGGACUCGUCCUCCUCACCUUCUCAUCGCUCCUCCAAACAGCCCAUCACAUCCUCUUCUUCGUCCUCCUCCAGCCCAGGUGCAUGCUGGGUAGACGGCCCGCUGGGUCCUCCGGCACCUUCAGGCCUCCGGGGCGCGACCGCGACGACAGAGACCUUUGAGAUCAAGGUGUAUGAGAUAGAUGAUGUUGAGCGACUGCAGAAGAGGAGAGACAAGGGCGGGAGCAAGGUGGUGCAUGUCAGCGCCAGGCUCCGGCUGCUGGAGCACCGCCAGCAGCGAAUCAGCGAAGUCAGAGCCAAGUACCAGUGUCUGAAGAAGGAGCUGGAGCAAACCAAGCAGUACCUGAUGCUGGAGCCGCACAAAUGGACCAGCGAGUUUGAGCUGCAGCAGGUCUACGAAGUGGACUCACUGGAAUAUCUGGAAGCUCUGGAGACGGUGACGGACAAACUGGAGACCAGAGUCAACUUCUGCAAAGCCCAUCUCAUGAUGAUCACCUGCUUCGACGUGUCCUCCAGACACCGGUAGGCCGGAGGAGCAGCGGACGCCCGGACCCGGACAUCCAGAUGUGGACGGGCCCAAACGACGGAGGGACAGAGGCCACAAACGUGGUCACUUAUACAGAAAAGAAGUGGAAAAGACACAUUUCUAGUAUCUUCCCAGAGAACUGAAAAACUGCUCUGCUGGAAAAAGCCCCGACUGAGACGAACACAGAGGAAAAUAGAGAAGAGGGAUUUUUCAUCCCACAGAUUUGAAAGCACACUUUUUAGAUCAAACACGGACGAGGGCCACUGACUCCAGAACCAAGAGGAGGACAAAGAAAAGGAUUUAGAUAAGUGCCUUGUGAACAUUUCAACAAAACCAAGACGGCUUCUCUCCUCUUCUGUCUGAGGAUGCAGUGAGUUUGGUGCUAGCAUAGAAAACAAAACACGACAGAGCAGCGUCCUUGGAAAAUCUGAAUUAAGAGCCAUCCAUUAAAGUGAUGUUUUACUGUGGGUUCACUAUAUCAUAAACGGUUCAUACAAUAUAUUGAGCUGUACUCGAUGGACUGAGAUACUAGACUAGAUGUAAAGGCUUCGGGUCCCAAAAAGUGAAUCUGAAAACAAAUGCAGGAGUUUUCCAGGACACAGAUGUUUGUGUGUUUGUUAAAUCUUCAUCUUACUGGUCAUUUGCAGCAAAUUCCCUGAAAUUGCAUUUUGUUUGUGUAAAUCAGGACACUUCAAACUAAGCUCUAUUGGUUUGGUGAGAGUUUUUUAGGACUGAAAUAUUAUCUAUCAGGUAAAUGGACACAUCUGGAUGAGUAAGCGCUUGGUUGUGACCAAGCUAACAAAAAUAGGGACACACUAACUGUAGUGGAAAUUUGUUGUUUUUCAAACAAAUUGAUUAAAAUAUUAACAAAUGAAAAACCAGUUUCCAGGAAAAUGGCUGCAAAGUACCAGGAAAUAAAGUCCUGCUGUUUGACUUGACGAAGAAAAAGAAAACGCUGAUGCUGGAUUCUGUGAAGUUGUUUUUACUUUAGCUUCGGUCACAAAUGCAGGACACAUCUGAACUUUGACCUUUCGGGCCGUACGGCUGAUUCAGUGUAGUCCCUCAAUACAGAUGAUGGCUUUGUAAUGUUCACGUUGCAGUGAAACCUCCAAGUCGCGGGGGAGUCGCUGUUGUCUCUGAACCAGAGCAUUCAUCGACUGAGCGACUUUGUGGCCGACAGACAAACUGUCUUUUAUUUGUAUCUGUGUUGUUCUGCUCUAAUCUAAAACUGAAUGAUUCGUCCACGUGUGUGUUUUAUAAUAAGCUAUGCUUUUUUUUUAUUUCAGUACAAUGGGACCAUGUAGAGAUUAUGUGAGGUCAUGAGAAUGGACAGAAAAGACAGGACAAAUCCAUCAAAAAUACUGUACAGUGUUAAAAUGAGUGAAGAUAAAACCUGGACUGAAGUUUUUGUUUCUAUUCAAUUCCUCUAUUAUGAGCAGACGUUGUAAAGGAAGCAUGAAAAAGACUAGAAGACAAGAUGAUGACCAAAUCAGAGGCAUAGAUCUCUGCCUGGUUCCAUGUUUCUUGGAUGCAUAGGAACAUUUACAUUUUGUUAAUAUUACUAUCUAUGGUGCUUGAGAUGUUUAUGAUCUAAAUGUUUGUAUAAAUAUACAUAUAAGAAAGGGUCUGUUCCCGCGCUGAUACAGAACAACACCCACUGAAUGCUUCUUCUGCAUCGCCGUCAUCUAGUCCCUUGUUCCCACCGUAGGGGAGGUAGAAGGAGAACGAGGCUUCACGGGAGAGGAAACGUAGGGCGAACACACAGGAAGCGUCCCAGAGAAGCCUCCUCUCGUCAGCUCGCCAUGCAAGUCGUGAAUGAACCUUUUAUUUAUUUGGGCUCGGAGGAACAGAGUCGCUGAACAGUGUUCUUAUUUAUUUUCACCUCAUGUUCUUAAAGACGUUACUAUGCAUUAUAAGAAAAAUACCUGUACAUACUCAGCUGAGCCCAUGCCACAUAUACCUAUAUAUACUGUACACAUAUCGUACAUACUCAUCUUUAUUUUAGAUAUUUUCUGUUAGUUUUCGUUGAUUUGCUCCCGUCGUUCUUGUUGGGAUGUUAAUGGGUUUGGGUUUCCUGAAACGUCCACAUCCAGGGCAAUUAUGCAGAUUGAAAAAAAAUAUAUAAAUGCACAACAAAUUUAGAAGAAUGAACAAAAAAGUGUUAUAUUAAAAAGAAGACAUGUGUAAAUUGAAAUUGUGUAUUUGCCGGUUGAUGUUUUGGGAACCCCGCCUCUGGAUGAGCUGUACUUGUCUCUAGGUUUAAGAUGCUGCGUGUGAGGUUUCCUUCCUCAAUACGUCACUGCCAAAUGUACCACGGUAGCGCUUUAUAAUUCUAGCAAUAAACAUCGGCCUGCCCCGCGUUGUUAAGAGCCCAAACAAAGGUUUCAAAAAUGGUGCUUCACAUGAACCCACACCUCGAAAGCCGCCUGCUCCAGCAGGUGCGCUGCUGCAUGCCGUGCAGGGGCCUUCGGGAAUUCUAAUGUGCUAUGUGGAAACCUGGCACGUGGCAUCUUCUCAAAGCGUGUCGUGUGUUAAGUCCUGUCUCGGUCUGGACCGCGUUUUCCAAAGCCACGCGUCAUCGGCGGCAGUCGGAGACGCUCCCGUCAAUUCAGAACCGAUCACAGCUGCUGAAGUGCCGCCCGCGGCACACGAUCCGCGUGAAUCCCAGAGGUUAAGUGCGAGAUUGUCACCGCGCACGUGUUUGCUGAGACGCGCGAUUCAAGUCGCGUCCUCUGCAGAUGUUCGGGUUUUGGGAAAUGUGGUCCGGCACCAAAACGGAGGGGAUGUAAAUAAAGGAAUGUACUGAAAGAGG